AUGAUGAGGAUCAGGACGUUCAAGCCCAAGGAGGUUUUCACCUGGCAGCUGGCUAAGACGCUGUGCAUGGGUCAGGGUCUGGCGACGCUCAUCUGUGGGACGGCCGUGUCCUCUCAGUACCUGGCCACUAACUUCCACGUUAACACGCCCAUGCUGCAGAGCUUCCUGAACUACACCCUGCUGUGCGCCACCUACACCACGCUGCUCCUCUGCAAAACAGGGGAUGAAAAUCUCUUCCAGAUUCUGAAGAGGCGAUGGUGGAAGUAUCUCCUUCUGGGGCUGGUGGACGUGGAGGCCAACUACACCGUGGUUAAAGCGUACCAGUACACCACCCUCACCAGUGUGCAGCUGCUGGACUGCUUUGUGGUCCCGGUCCUGAUGAUCCUGUCCUGGUGGAUUUUGAAGAUGCGCUACAGGCCAGUCCACUAUGUAGCUGUCUGCGCCUGUCUCCUCGGGGUGGGAGCCAUGGUGGGGGCCGAUCUGCUGGCUGGACGAGACCAGGGCUCCACCUCAAACGUGUUGCUAGGCGAUGCUUUGGUGCUGCUCAGUGCUUCGCUGUACGCCGUGUCUAAUGUGUGUCAGGAAUACACAGUGAAGAACCACAGCAGAGUGGAGUUCCUGGGCAUGGUCGGCCUGUUCGGCACCAUCAUCAGCACCAUACAGAUGGUGAUCCUGGAGCGUAAUGAAGUAGCUUCCAUCCAGUGGAGUUGGCAAGUCGGUCUCCUGUUCUCUGGCUAUGCGUUGUGCAUGUAUGGUCUGUACAGCUGUAUGCCCAUCGUGAUAAAGCUGAGCAGCGCCACCUCCGUCAACCUCUCCCUGCUCACCGCUGACCUCUUCAGCCUCUUCUGUGGGAUUUUCCUCUUCCAGUACAAUUUCUCUGGACUCUACCUCGUCUCACUGGUGGUCAUCCUCAUUGGCUUCAUCACCUUCAACGCCGUGCCAACACCCACAGCGGACACAGACCUCAGUGACAUCAUCAAACAGGAAGUGGCGGUGAGGAUCAGCACUGAGGAGGAGCGGAGGAGAGCUUCAGGGCCAUCACACAGCCUCAGAGUUGGAAGAAGUGGUGAUAACAAUGUUUUUGCCCUCGGACGCAGCACUAAAUUGUGA